GAUGAGUGUACAAUGAUGGAACACAAAACUUCAAGUCUCUAGCAGUCAAAUAGAACCAAAUACGCAGUCUUUUUUCAUUUUUAUAAACAUUUUGGAACUAAAUUUCAUAGAAUAAUCAUUAGUUUGAAAUGACCAAAGUGGUGAUUUUGAUUUUUCUCGGAUUGCUUAGGGGACUCAUCAGCAGUCAAAAUGUCGGAAAUGAUAAAAGUUGUCGCAACGUGGUAGCACAGCUUAAUAAGUUGCAAAUGACUCAAAUUAAUAGUUGUGCCAAUCAACUUGGAUUCACCACUACUAAAGAAAGGCUAAAAAAGUCGACGUGCAUCUUAAAAUGUGUUUUGCAGUCCAUCGGCGUGAUAAAUCAUGAUGGAUCUGUCUCCGCUGCGAAAUUAGACCAAUACAUUGAUGAUCAUUUCCCUUCGAAUCUGAGGCAGAAGGCCCACACUACUUUUACCCCAUGCUUGAAACUAGUUCAACCAAGUCUGUCAACUCCUAUCGGUGAUGAGUAUUGCAAAUCUCAUGACAAUUUCGUCAAAUGCAUGACGCGAAACUUUCUGAUGCUUUGUCAUCAACAAUAAUUUUAAGCCUUGAUAAACAAUUUUUAUAAUCCUACUCAAAUUCUUGUAUGCAAAUUCUCUGGAAAUGUAUGCAUAUGAAUACUUUUAAUACCAAGUAAAUAAAGUCUCAAUUGAACUCUGA